UUCCAGUGUAUGUUUUGAGAAAGAAUGCACAGAUGGUCGCGUUUCACCAGGCAUUAAUGUGCCUCACAACACAAUGUAGUUAUCACAGUUUUUAUUUAUUGGGGGGACUUGCGGUGUCAUCGUUCGCCCGUUGCGGUAGGAAGCCCUUCCACGGAGCGAGAGAGUGAUUAUGUUUUUCCUCUGGCAGAUGUGCAAGUUGAAGCAGGCUAGGUUGCUAAUUUAGCAGCUAAAACGGGUUGAAUUUGCACUUGAGCUAAUGCUAUUAUCAGAGAGUCAGGUAAACCAGCUUAUUGGGGGGAAACAGUGCGUCUCUGUGUUGUAAUGCACGACAUUACGAUUCAUUUCUCUUAUCCGUCUUGCUUAGUGAGGAAAAUCACAGGCUAGCCUUUGUUCCCGAAGCGAGUUAUUGAUUGGCUGCUUUGAUUGGUAAUAUGGAUGAAAGUCCCGGCAACGUCGACAACGAUGACAUUGUCAUCAUCGUGGAGAACGAGGCCGAAAGUUUGCCCGCCGAGGAGGAGAGGCUGAAGCAACAGGGCACCUUCGGCCUCAUGGACACUUGUCCCAUCUGCAAGUUGAGCUUCCACAACAGGGAGCCCAAGCUUCUGCCGUGCCUGCACUCCUUCUGCAAGAGGUGCCUGCCGCCCCCCUUCCGCAGCGCCGAGCCCAGGCGGGACUCCCAGGGUCAAGUUGACAACAGCAAACCACUUGGUGCCAUCCGAUGCCCAGUGUGCCGACAGGAAUGCUGGGAGAUGGACGUGCUGGAUAAUUUCUUUGUCAAGGACUCUGCUGAGGUGCCCAGCAGCACAGUGGAGAAAACCAGCCAGGUGUGCAUGAGCUGUGAUGACAAUACAGAGGCAACGGGCUACUGUGUGGAGUGUGUGGAGUUCCUGUGUGUGACGUGUAUCGAAGCGCACCAGAGGGUCAAGUUCACCAGGGAUCACACCAUACGACAGAAGGAGGAGAUGUCUCCAGAAGCAGUAGGUAUGUCCACACAAAGGCCCGUGUUUUGUGACAUCCACAAGCAGGAGCCGCUGAAGCUGUUCUGUGAAACGUGCGACCGACUCACCUGCCGAGACUGUCAGCUGCUGAAGCACAAGGACCACAACUACCAGUUUUUGGAGGACGCCUAUAGGAACCACAGGCAGUAUCUGGAGAACAUGACGCAGCAGCUGCAAGAGAAGAGAAAAGCUAUUGAGGAGGUUUCGAGCUGCAUUAACACCGGACUCCAGCAAGUUGAUGAAAACCGGAAGACCGUCACCAAUGAAAUCAAGAAGUCCAUCUGCAACUUAAUUAUGGAAAUCAACAGGAAGGGAAAGAUUCUGGUCAACCAGCUUGAAGCUCUCACUAAGGACCAUGAGACGGGUCUGAAAAAGCAGCAGGAGGACAUCAACUCUCUGACCAGGCACCUUGAUCACGUCAUCAGCUUCACCAAAUGGGCCACGGCCAGCCACAGCGGCACAGCCCUCCUUUACUGCAAGAGACUGAUUCUUUUCCAGAUCCAUUACCUGAUGAGGGCAAGCUGUAGUCCCUCCAUUGUCCCGCAGAGCUCUGUUCGGUUCCAGUGUCGCUCUGGUUUUUGGGCGACAAAUGUAGACCUUGGUUCUCUCGUGGUAGAAAGGGCCACCAGCCGGCAGCCUCUCCCCAACCACCAGGCAGGUCCCAGAGGAGAAGCACCUGCUGGGACUCUCUCAGUGUCGGCCCAGCAGCGCCAGAGCACCCUGGCCCAGCUGCAGAUGCAGGUGGAGAAGCUGGCCCAGCAGCCUAAUAGACAGCCUCCUCCUGGCCACUGGUCCUGGUACCAGAAUGUUAGGCUCCCGGGGCCACCUGGGCCCCCGCCCCCAACAAGGCCUAUUCAGGGCGGGUCCUCCCCCUCCCAGGCCCCCCCGAGUUUGGGACCACCGAGCCGCAGGUACGGAAGCUCCCACCCCAACCCUAGAAGCCCCACCUCCUCCAUGCUUCACAACACGGGAUUCCCACCUGCUCAGUCUCUGAGAGAGCUGAUCCAUAGCUCCAAUUUUCCUCCUAAACCUAUGGAGGUGUUGCAGGGUACAUCCCGCUACCCUCACCCUCUCUCCACUGGAGCAGCCACACAAACUUCACUACACCAGCGGGGCCUAAUGGAUUCAUCCUACCUGAAGAGAAGUGAGUCUGGCAGUUCUGUCCCCUCCAUUACCAUCUCUAUCCCCAAACCAAGCUUUGCGCCGAGUCUAGCUUCCGCAAGUGCAGAUAAGACUGCACAAGGAAGGCAGAAUUCCCCAAUGGCCAAACCCUCGUCUUCAGACAGAAGCACAGGGACGACUUCCUGGAAGCAGAGCUCCGAGCUGCCGGCCGGCCCCUCAGCCAAGCGCCGAAGGAGGUCAUCUCCCGGGCCAAUCAUUGUUAUUAAGGACGAACCAGAGGACGAGGAUGAAGUUCGCUUUGUGCAGUCCAGCGUAGGAGCCAACCUGCCAGACAGCAGCACCGGGGCCCAGUCCAAGUCUCGGCAGCAGCAGAGGGCAUCGCCGCCAGACCCAGCCCCAGGAUCAGACUCCACCCCUGGGCAGAAGCAGCAGCCGCAGCUCCCAGCCGAGCCGCAGCCGGAGAAGAGCGCCGAGCCGGAGGAAGAUCCCAACGAGGACUGGUGCGCCGUGUGUCAGAACGGAGGCGAGUUGCUCUGCUGUGACAAGUGUCCCAAGGUUUUUCAUCUGUCCUGCCACAUCCCUACGCUGAACGAGUCGCCCAGCGGUGAGUGGUUCUGUUCGUUCUGCCGUGACCUCAGCUCUCCUGAGAUGGUGUACGACUGUGAUGAGAAGGAGGUUGCAAAGGAGGAGCCAGACUCUGAGAGAUUAUCACCUAUUGAUAGACGGAGGUGUGAGAGGCUGCUGCUGCGCCUGUACUGCAACGACUUCAGCACCGACUUCCAGCAGCCCGCUUCUCCAUCAGAGACACGGAGGUACAAAGAAUUGAUUAAAACGCCGAUGGAUUUGUCAAUAGUGAAGAGGAAGCUAGAGACAAAGCUGAAGCAGGGUGAACACUACGUCAAUCCUGAGGGCAUUGUGGCAGACAUCAGGCUCAUAUUCUUUAACUGCGCAAAGUACUACAAGGCAACCUCAGAGGUGGGGAGCGCCGGCUUGUACCUGGAGGACUACUUUGAGGAGCAGCUGAAGCUCCUUUACCCAGACAAGAUUUUCCCUGGAGGGAGGGAAGAACAGAUGAUCCCUCCCUUGGAGGAUGAGAUAGAUGACGAAGAGGAACCGAUGAUGGAAGGAGGCAUGGCUCCCGUUGAGGACGAUGCACCAGCGAGUCCUGCAGGAAAUGGAAUCCCACCUGUGGAGGAGGACUUGGCUCCUCCGGAGGGUAAAGCCCCAGAGGAAGGAGAGAGGCAAACAACAGAGAACGUGAUUGUUACGAGUGAACAGGGGACAGACACAAAGACGGCAGCUGCGGAGGGAGACACGCCUCCCGCAGAGGAGGUGAAGCAGGAGGAGACGACUCCUGUGAAAGACAGUCCAGCUGCUGAGGCUGAACCAGGAGAUCCUGCGACCCCGAGCUCCCUGAAAGACAAGCCUCCUCAGCUCCCGACAGACGGUACCGCCGAGCCUCCUGAAAUAAUCCAGGAGCCCCCUGCUGCAAAAACAGCCAAGACCGAGGAGGGAUAGACGGAUUAAGAUGAAGAGGGAGAGAACUAUUGGAAAGCAGCUUGAUUCCAGUCUUCCACAAAAGUGGCCCCAGUAGGGACCUGUAUUUGCUGCAAUCAGAUACUUUUGUUUUGUACCCUGCAAUUUGCAAUAGGAAAAAUUAUACUGCUACACUAAAUUUACUUAUUUAGCGGCAGUCUUGCGGUAGAUGCACAUUGAAAUCAGUAUACAAGUUCUUUUUGUUGUUCUUUUGAUGGGACAGAGGUUACAAUUGUACUGUAACAUAGAUUAUUUUCUUGUGAUGACACUGAGAAGCACACAAAUGAUAUUCUUUGUGGAUAGGAUGCCCUGUAAAUUAUUAUCAGUUAUCUCGCAUUAUCGGUUGACUUGUACAUAAUGCCAUGUACUGAAGGCACAAGUGCUGCAUUCAAAUCAUGAAAAUAAGACUUUCAUUAGUUAUUGCAUGCAGGAAAUCUAAAUAAUAUCAAUCAUGUCUCCAUUUUAUUGUGUUAAUAGGAUAUAGCUCUCCUGUACGAUCUGUUUGGCCUAUAAACAGACUGUUAUAUUUAUGUUUCAUUGCAACUGUCAUUUUAGUUGAAUGCUGUGUAACAAAUAGGGACUCUGUACAUCUUGUAGUUUGUGUAUAGAAUGAAGUGCCAUAUCUAUCAAUUCUAUAAUGAUUUUAAAACAGUCUCGCAGUUUGGAUGAAAUGUGGCAUUUUAAAACGGCGCUGCUCAGUUGUGAACAAAAACAAAAAAUUAGAUCUAUCCCGUU